AUGGCUUGUUCUGAAGAAUCCAAUGAAUACUGGAGCUACGAUGAUCCAUCCGAAUGGCCAAAACAUUUUCCAUGUGCUGGUGGAUCGUCUCAAUCUCCAAUCGACAUCAACUCAAAUGAUGCUGUGUUCGAUUCGUAUCCGUUGUUCACGUUUUCUUCAAAGUACAACUCCAAUGAAUUGUUUACAUUGACUAAUAAUGGCCAUCAAGUUGCAGCUACAUUGACUCAACGUACUUAUGGACAAAGCGAUGAUGAUCUAUGGUUUACUGGCGGUGGUUUAACCGGACAGUUCUUCUUCGUCAAUUUUCAUUUACAUUGGGGAAGAAAUGAUCGUCAUGGUUCAGAACAUGAGAUUGAUGGAGAACGCUUUCCUGCUGAAGCACAUUUUGUUUUCAAAAAUCGACAGAAUAAUCAAUUAGCUGUAUUUGCAUUUCAUUUCGUUAUUGCUGAUCAAUGGGAUGAAGAAAAUACAGAAUGGGAAAAGUAUGCAGAUGCAGCAAGUGAACUCGUCAAUGUCAACGACACGAUGAAUUGUUCAUUUAAUCUGAGUCGAUUGAUGAAAGCUAAUGAAAGAGAAUAUUUUCGAUAUAUGGGUAGUUUGACAACACCGCCUUGUAGUGAAAAUGUCAUCUGGACAGUUUUUAUCGAUAAAAUUCCGAUUGUGGAAGAGAGUUUAAACGAACUUCGUCAGAAUCUAAUGAAAAAGGUCUAUCGACCAGUUCAGCCGAUAAACGAUCGUACGGUUUACAGAAAUUAUGUCAACUGA